AAGGCGCUUAAAGAGUUCCGCGAUUUGCUUAGUGAGGACACUCCCAGCGUAGAUAACGAUAUUGCAUUGGCUGUUAUGCCUUUCUGGAAAGAGUUUUAUCCUGGCCUGGCUGCGGAUUCUGAUGCAAAAGUCAGGGAAUUUUCGCAUGGUAUUAUGGGUGCAUUGGCUAAUAAGAUUCGCGAACAUGUCACUCCUUAUCUUGAGCAGAUAAUUCCUCCUUGGAUUCUGGGUACAGUUGAUUCUCACGACGCAGUGGUUUUUGCUGCAUCUAAAGGGCUUUCUACAAAUUUUCCUAAUGGUAAGCUUGGUGAUAUCCACCGAGAAUGCGCUGGUGUUCUAUUGGAUGCUGUGCAAAACAAGUUGAAACUUUCCUGCUUACUUGGAUCUGGAAAAAGCACAUCUCACAACGAACCCGCCAGUAGCUGUCUGGAUUCUUCUAAUCAAUCGGUUUCAGUGCUGGUCAGCACUUUGCGAUUUCUCACCAGUUUUGUUUGUGACCUUACCCUGCUCCCUAUUGAAUCUAAUAAUUUAAUUCUUCUGUAUUCUAUCUUAUCUCUCGUUGAGGAUUCCUCACCAGCUUCUAAUGUUUGGAAAUCCAUUUCUUUUGUAAAAGCGCGCAUAGCACCUUCUUAUCUUGGCAUCGAACUUUUGGAUUCGGUCACUUUUAAACUUAUAAUUUCUCUAUGCCAGAGUGAUACAUUCAUUGAAUGGCUCCUUAAAGCAGAAAAUAAAGACCUAGCUCUUCAUAUGCUAAACUUAACAGUUUCUCGCCUUGGAGUGGGUUCUGAGGAAUCCACUGAGCCUUCAAGUCUGAAAAUGGGUGCUCUCGAUAUUGCUUUAUCCUCGAUUGCUCAUCAUAAAGACCAUUGGGAGGCGUCUCUUUCAUUGUUGAUGACCCUAAAGAAUCGAGCCUGGGAUUUAAUUGAUUGGCGUGGCUCACUGGCCUACCGAAUUGAAAAAUUGCUUUCCUUGUCUGGUGGUGCAGCGCCAGUGCAGGUCUACAAAAACUUGGUUAUUUUUCUUCAUCAAUUGCCUCUCGACCUUUCCUCCGAAUCAGAUGUUCGCUUGGUUGAGCGUUUUUUCGAAGCUGGUCUCAAGGGCUUUCUGCGCCUUUUCUCUGUUUCCGGAGCCUUCGAUACAACUAACAGAGGAAUCGAUGUCGCCAUUAGUCCUGGUUGUGAAGCUAGUGGGCCUUCAAACCGUUGCUUGGCUGCUGCCUCUUUAAGUGGCUGUAACUCUAAUGCUGCGUUUGUAGCUACCGGCUUGAUGGAAUGCACGCGCCUUCUCCUUGAAAAAUGUAUCCGUGCCCUUGAGGUUAAUCAGACUGGUUGCGGCAAGCUGACGGAUGUCUUCAAUUGUUCGGACCUUAGCCCAACGUACCAGCUGACCGAUCGACUUAUGCGACGGAUGGUCCUCCGUCUUCUAGGAGAUGCCCUUGACUAUGUUGACAUAUCAGAAAUGCAACAGACGCAGAGUGGGAUUGGCCUCUCCGAGAGCAAUUUGAUCAGAGGUCCAUUUUUCAAGGCUAUUUUUUCACAGCAUCUCUGCUAUUCUGGAUAG